UUUCCCCCUCGGAACAUCUGCUGUUUUAAAUAAUAAUAAAAUUAAAUUUUUAUCAAUUUUUACUUAAUUUUGCUGCUCAAUCUUUGAAGAUGCUUGUAUAACGCAGAAAAGCUACCUGCUAGAGAUAUUACACAAUUAGACAUAGAUAUUCCCUCUACAAAAUAAAAAAAACUGUCUUCUCCAACUUCAUAUUGCGCUCUUACGCAUUUAUACUCCCUACAGAAAAAAAGCAAAACUAGAAAAAAUAAUACAAAUAUUCUGAUGAAAACACGGUGAAUAGAAGAUCAGUUUCAUAAACACGAAUCAUCAACUAAUUCCUUGAAAAAUAAAACAAUUCAUUCGAACUUGAUUUCACAAAAAAGUCAGCAUUUACACAGCUCAAAUUAAAAAAAGGCCGACCAUGUUUUCGUCAACCAACGCACCGGCAGUAACCAAUUCGCCGACUUUGAUUCAACCUCCGACGCCGAUCAAUUGUCCGAACGCCAACUCGGCGCCCAAUAGCCCACCCGACCUCAAAUAUACAAUUGAGCAAAUUGAGUUGUUGAGGCGACUCAAAAAUUCAGGUUUGACAAAAAAUCAAAUCGUACAAGGUUUGGAUUCGAUGGAAAAAAUUGAUUCGACUGGGUUUUCCACUGGCGUUGAAGCCAACUCACCUCCGGGAAAGGAAAUCAAGCAAGAAUUGUCACCCAACUCGAAAGGAAAUCUGCUUCCUGGAACGAUCGGCCAACUGGGAUCUCUGAACUCGGCGACAACGGGAGCCGAAUAUUUGCGAUCUUUGGCUCUACAACAUGCAUUUUUCAACGCGAUGACUAAUGGAAACUUUGUGAACGGAAAUGCACAUAUGCAGCAAAAUGGCAUUCAGUCGAGCUUGGCUCAGAGAAAUUUGGCGGCUGCUUUGAUGUGUUCACAGGGCAUGACCAUUCCCGGAAUUGGAGGACUUCAUAACCAGGCGGCUUCACCGGCCAGUGCUGGACUCGCGGGUAGUUUGGUCGGAUUUCAUUUGGGAUCAACAAACGCGGCUGAAAACUCAAUUUUGAACCAGAUGAGUCAUAUCAAUGGAGGGGGUGGGGCUAACUCGCCCGUGAAUUUGAAGCGGGAGAGUAUGGGCGGGGUGAAUGCGUCCCUAGGCGACCCGACCACAAUCAGCGACGAUGACGAGCAAUUGAUGCAGCUACAGUCUAUGUCUGUGGUGGACACCAAGGAGGAGAUCAAGAACUUCAUGAUGUGUCACGGGAUCAAGCAGCACCAGGUGGCGGAGAAGACAGGGGUCAGCCAGAGCUACAUCUCACAAUUCCUACACCAGGGAGUUUGGAUGAAGGACUCCACAAGGACCAACAUCUACAAAUGGUAUCUGGACGAGAAGCGGAAACGAGAAGCGAGCGGAGACAUGGUAUCGCCAGUGCACAGCAACAGUUCUAGAGGCAAUUCACCCAUCAACGAAGGAUCAAAUAUCUCACAGACUCCUCCGACGUCAAACACAAUCACGGGACAACAAAUAAACAACAACAACAACAACAACAAUAGUCCAGUGGGAACCAACAGCAGUAAGAAUGGCGCAAGUGAUGGAGGCAGUAAUGGGUAUUCAGCAGUUGGUCAGCCAAUUCAACAGGUGAAGAAGCGUGAUCGAUUUGUGUGGAAGGAGAGCUGUGUGUGUCUGUUGGAAAAGUUCUACCAUGUGAAUCCCUACCCGGACGACGCCAAGAGGGAGGAGAUAGCGCAGGCAUGCAACCAACUCAUCGACUCCACUGGUCAAGGUCAUGAUGAAAAGUUGGUAACUGCAGUGAAAGUGUACAACUGGUUUGCCAACAGAAGGAAGGAAAUCAAACGCAAAAACCAUUUUGCCGAACAGCAACAAGCUGCGGCAGCGACCAAUCACAACAACCUAUCUCUCCUAGCGACAGGACACCCCGCCGGAGUGCUCCCCUUCCUUCUCGAGGGUAGCAACAACAAACAGCAACAACCCCACCCACAUUCCCUGCCUGGCCUCAACAAGAAUAAUCCCGGGGGGCAUUUGAACCCUCAAGUAGGGACUAACCCUACUGCUGUUGUGGCAUCAGCGGCAUCUUUUUUGGACGAGUUGAUUGAACAUAACAGAUCGGCAUUGCAGCACAACCAACAACAAAUGCAGAUAAAAAAUGAAAACAAAGCCGAUGAAUAUGGAGGCGAGGACAAAGCGUUCAACAUGUGCCAAAACGGAAAUGAUGUGGACGAAAUCGACGAACCAGUAGCGAAAAAGCCGAAAAGUUCAUUGGCUGAACAACUGGCGGAAGUGAACAGCGUCAUAUCUGAACUAGUGCCGGGCAACCUGGAAAAUUCCACGAACGAUGAAAAUGAUGGAUUACGCAACAGUUACGCAAUGACUGAAACGCACUCAACUCAUGGUGAAACGGAAACUGGUCAACAAGCCACGUUUGACGUUCUCAACUUGACUUCAGAAAACAGUUCAAAAAUUUAGAAAAAGCCAAUUUUUGAAAUCAUGAGUUAAUUUGUAAACAAAUUUAGUUAUUCAAAACUUGUUAGUGAAUUUGCCCAUUUAUGUUUGUGUUUUUUUUUUGGCCAUAUCAGAAACAUGUCACAAAAACCUUCACAUAAACCCAAAAUAUGCGCACCAAAUACUGUCACAACUACAAGCUUUAACUAUUGCUGCUAAACAGUUAAAAUUUAUUUAAAAUUGAUUUAUAAAUUGUCGUUUCAUUAAUUUUAAAAAUAUUUAUGUUGAUUUGAAAUCAUUUCCGUGGAUUGAA